AUGCUCGUGCUCUUUCCUUCAACCAAACAACAAACCCUACAUUCGAACAACCAGCCCCAUCCCAUCCUCCCUCGCCCUGGUUCUGCUGCUACGCCUCCGCUUCUGCCGCCGAUGCUAGAUCUAGUUGGUGGUUUAGGGCUUUCCGAUUUGGCUUCGUCCUCUUCUUUUGCUUUGCAGGAGUUAGCCAUAACCAGUCAAAAAGGCUGACGGAGAUUUCGCAUGCAUGGGUAGAAUAGAGGAAGACAACAUGCUUGCGAAGAUAGAGAGUAAGAGUGAAAAACGGAAGCAGCAUGAGGGCAGUGCUCCUGAAGAGUUAAAUAAGUGCAGUGAUGCAAUGCAUGCUGGAGUGGGGGAUGGCUCUGAAAUGAGAAAGGAAGGCAAGAAGAAGAAGAAGAAGAAAAUGAAGACAACAAACAAGGAAGAUGUGGUUUGCAAUGAUUUUGGAUUCGAUAUUAUUCAAAAUGAGGCUGUAAAUGUGAAGGAUUAUGUGGAAGUGGUUAACAGUAAUAAAAAGGAGAAUGAUCAGAAGGUGACGAAAUUAGAACUUAAAAGGGGUGGGAAGGGAUAUGACCAGGGUUCGAAGAAGCAUAGGAGAGUUGGUGGAGAAGCUACUGAAGUCAAAGAGUUUUCAGAUGUUAAGUUCCAUGAUGGAAGAGAGAAGAAAGGGAGCCUUCAGUUGAAUGAAGAGCAGGAUGUGAGGGAUAACUGUGAUUUAAAAGUAAGAAAAGAUAAGAAAAGGAGACAUAGGGAGGAUAGUGACAAAGAUGGAACUGAUUCAAUUUCGUCUUUGAUGGAAAUUACCAAGCGAAAUAAAAAGGGAAAAGAUAGGGUAGUUAUGGGACAGAAACUCACUGAGAAGGAAGACAUUGCUGAAGUGAAGAAUGGGGAAGAAGGAAAUAGAACAAAGAAGAUUAAGAAAGGAAAGAGAGACAAGGAGAGUAGUGAUGUUGAGGGGAAGGACAACAUUGUGAGUGGAAAAGACAUUGGAAAAGUAAGGGACCACUAUGAUGGGAAUAUAAUGGAAAAGGUCAACCAUGGAAAGCAGGAGAAGAAGAGAAAGAAGAAGGAUAAGGAUGAUUUGGAAAGUGAAUUGAAACAACUUGUGGCUGGGAAUCCGGGUGAUAAAAGCACCUUAAAUGGGAAUAAGAAGUUUGUGGGUGGUACACAUUCAACCGGUAAUAAAAAAAGGGGCAGAGAAAUAGAAGCAUGUAUUGUUGGGACUGAGGAUGACAGCAAACAGAAGAGGAAGAAGGCCAAGUUAGUUGAAAAUGUUUCAGAAGGACCAGAGUUUGAAGCAGUGCCAACAACCAAAGAAAACGUUGAGACUGCUGAUCUUUCUGAAAAGUCUAAACCUGAUGAAACGCCUAAGAGAGUAAGGUUUUCUGGUCAUGUGGAGGUUUUCCCUUCAUCAGAUGGUCAAGAGGGUUUGGUACAAGGCAAACGAUUCUCACCAGAAGAAGAUGAGAUGGUUAGAAAGGCUGUUUUAAGCUAUAUAGAGGACCAUGGCUUGGGGGAGGAAGGUAUAAAUAUGAUUCUGAACUGUAAGUCUCACCGUGAACUCAAAGGCUGUUGGAAGGAAAUUGCGGCUGCAUUGCCUUGGAGGCCUCAUGAAAGCGUAUAUUACCGAGCCCAUGUCUUAUUUGAAAGGGAUGAGAAGCGUACUUGGACCCCUGAAGAGUAUGAACUUGUUCGGAGAUUCCAUGAACAACAUGGAUCAGAAUGGAGAAUGUUGGCUGAUGCACUUGGCAAACAUAGGUUUCAAGUGAAGGAUACAUGGCGCAGGAUAAAAUUGCCCAAUGCUAAGAAAGGACAGUGGCACCAAGAAGAGUACCAGACCUUGUUUGAUUUAGUGAACAUGGAUCUGCGGAUGAAGGCUUUAGGGGAAAGGAAAUCCAAGCACGGUAUGUUGCGAGAUAAUAUCAGUUGGGAAGCAAUAAGUGACAAGUUGCGCACUCGAAUCAGUUCAGGUUGCUGCCUAAAAUGGUAUGGCCAAUUAACUUCAUCUAUGGUUGUUCAAGGUAACUGGGCUGAUGCCGAUGAUUAUCGCCUGCUGAAUGCACUUUUUAACUUGGAUGCUUGCUGCAUGGAAGAUGUGGACUGGGACAAUCUUCUUGACCAUAGGUCUGGAGAAUUAUGCAGAAAGCGGUGGAACCAAAUGAUCAGGCAUAUAGGGCAUUACAAGAACAAGUCAUUUGCAGAGCAAGUUGAACUUCUUUCACAGCGAUAUUGCCCAGAUCUACUUGAAGCAAGAGAAGCCUAUGAUGCCAAAGUUCCAGUUUGCUAAUGUUGAGUGCCUGAUUUGGAACCUUCUGAAGGGGAACUGUGACUUGAUUACAUGGAUCUCCAAGACAAUGUGAUGGUAGUGUUAUUGAUGUGCAAUCUGGAGUUUGGCAGCAAUGAUUCGGACUUCCUGACUUGGCUUGGAAGUGACUGAAGGGCGUGAUGGCUGAAGUCAAUGUGCAGCUGAGAUAAGGAAAAUGCCAAAAAGUUCAGAAAAUCUCUGUGGGCAAUUUUGUUUCCUUCCCCUGUUUGUGGGUCCAAUAUAGGAUUUUUUAAAAUGAAAUAUUCAUAGCUUUGAUUAGAUGGAGUAUCCAUAUGAAAAACAUUUUUCUGUUACUUGUUCCCCCCUUAUUUCUGGUUUUUCCUUGUAUUAUCGUUCCUAGUUCUUCAGUCACCCUUCUUGUCGUUUAAAAAAUUAAACCAAGAAACUGAAAGGAAUGGGCAAAUUUGGAUACCUCCACGGUUCCUUCAGAUGAUGUGAAGAAUUUAUCAGGUUUUCCUAUGCUAUUUGAAAGGCUCCUCAGUGUUUCUCCAACCAGCCCCGUUUAAAUUUCCUGUUUUUUUGCCUUCUUUUUGUACGGUUGAUGCCAAAUCUUUGUAGAGGAGCAAUAAGCGGACGUUGUUAUCAGAACAGACCUCUGGAUGGCUCAAGAGACACUGAUACGGGUGUUUUCAGUGUCAUUUUGUCCGUUGGUUGUUGGAUUUAUGAUGGCGCAAAGUGAUUGACUGAAUUUAAAGCAACUUUAUUUAAGUUUAUUUGUUUG